ACAUACUUCUCUGUUCACUGUCAAAUCGACUCGUUUGUCAAAUUCUGACUGUGAGGGAAGCAUAAUUUCGACUCUGAUCAACAUAAAUCACGAAAAUGUCGUCCAUUCUCAAAUUGUCUAAUUCUGUUGCUAAAUUAUCUAAAAAUUCAGGUAUAUUGAAGGCCUCUAAAAGUUUGAGAAAUGCAUCUACCGUCUUGAAAAAUGAUAUUCCUGUCUUGAAUGUACCACCAACUACUUGUACAACUCUCACUUCUGGCGUUCGUGUGGCUACUGAAGAUUGGGGUUCUCAGACAGCCACAGUUGGUAUAUGGAUAGAUGCUGGUAGUCGGUAUGAAAACUCUAAAAAUAAUGGAGUUGCACAUUUCAUGGAGCAUAUGGCAUUUAAGGGGACUGGCAAAAGGACACAAGGUCAGUUAGAAAUCGAAAUAGAAGAUAUGGGUGCUCAGUUGAAUGCCUAUACAAGUAGAGAACAGACUGUUUACUAUUCAAGAUGUUUGGCCAAAGAUGUUCCAAGAGCAAUUGAGAUAUUAGCUGACAUUGUACAAAAUGCAAAACUAGGUGAACAAGAAAUUGAACGAGAGAGGGGUGUAAUCCUUAGGGAGAUGCAAGAGGUGGAAUCAAACUUACAGGAAGUUGUUUUUGACCACCUUCACACAACGGCUUACCAAGGUACUCCUCUAGCCAACACAAUUUUGGGACCAACCGAAAAUAUCAAGAGAAUCAAUGCUACUGAUUUGAGGAGCUACUUAAACAGUCAUUAUAGUCCUGGCAGGAUGGUUGUUGCUGGAGCUGGAGGUGUGAACCAUGAUGAAUUGUGCAAAUUAGUUGAAACUCAUAUUACUGGAACUGGAGGACCUGUCUCUGAAAUACCUUCCCUAGCCCCAUGUCGAUUCACAGGCUCAGAAAUAAGAGUGAGAGAUGAUUCUCUACCUCUGGCCCACGUAGCCAUCGCAGUUGAAGGGGUAGGUUGGACUGACCCAGACCUGUUAACUUUGAUGGUGGCGUCCACCCUUUUAGGGGCUUGGGAUAGGUCACAGGCUUCAGCAAAACAAAAUGCAACCACUUUGGCUAGAGCUAGUGCAGAAGGUGAUCUUUGUCAUUCAUACCAGAGUUUCAACACAUGCUACAAGGUAAGAACAACUUUUUUAAACAUAUUAGACAUAUUCAUUAUUUUUGCUUUUAAUUUUCAGGAUACUGGUCUCUGGGGUGUCUAUUUUGUUUCUGAUCAUUUGAAACUUGAAGAUAUGUUAUUUAACAUUCAACAAGAGUUUGUAAGGUUAUGCACACAUAUUACCGAAGGAGAAGUUGAAAGAGCAAAGGCCUUAUUGACUGCUAACACUCUGUUACAAUUGGAUACUUCGACUUCUGUCUGUGAAGAUAUUGGUCGCCAAUUCUUGUGUUAUGGAAGAAGGAUCCCACCUCAUGAAUUGACUCACAGAAUCAACUCUAUAACUGCACAAAAUGUUCGGGAUGUGUGCUUCAAAUAUAUUUACGACAGGUGUCCUGCUGUGGCAGCUGUAGGACCUGUUGAAAAUCUACCUGACUACAAUAGGAUUCGUAGCUCCAUGUACUGGCUUCGUGUAUAAUUUCAAUUUAUUCCAUCAGACUUUUUUUUUCAAGCAAUAUGAGUAAGAAGCUACCUUUUGUCAACCAUGAUUUGUAAAUACUAGAAAAGAAUGUAUGUGUUUCAUUGUACCACAGUUAUUUAAUAAAGAUGUCCCUAAAUG